AAUAAAAUUUUUGUUGUAGAACAAAGAGGAAGACGUGAACAAGAAGUGAACGAAAUAAAUUAUUUCAGGCCCAGCCCCAGUUUAAGAUCUCCGAUUUUAACAAAAAUAUUAGCCAUUUAGUCGACAACUAUGCAGACCAUUAAAUGUGUUGUCGUCGGCGAUGGUGCCGUGGGUAAGACUUGUCUACUCAUCUCCUAUACGACCAAUAAAUUCCCGUCGGAGUAUGUACCCACCGUUUUCGAUAACUACGCCGUAACAGUGAUGAUUGGCGGUGAGCCCUAUACUCUCGGACUCUUCGAUACGGCAGGUCAGGAGGAUUACGAUCGUCUACGUCCGCUGUCCUAUCCACAAACAGACGUUUUUCUUGUCUGCUUUUCAGUGGUUAGUCCCAGUUCAUUUGAGAAUGUGAAAGAGAAGUGGGUACCGGAAAUCACGCAUCAUUGUCAGAAGACACCCUUCCUCUUGGUUGGCACACAAAUUGAUUUGCGCGAUGAGAGCAGCACUUUGGAGAAAUUGGCCAAAAAUAAACAGAAACCUAUUACUAUGGAGCAGGGCGAGAAGCUGGCCAAGGAAUUGAAAGCAGUCAAAUAUGUGGAAUGCUCCGCUUUAACACAGAAAGGUUUAAAGAACGUUUUCGAUGAGGCCAUCUUAGCAGCUUUGGAGCCACCAGAGCCAUCCAAGAAAAGGAAGUGCAAAUUCUUAUAAUUUUAUGUAUUUAUUUAUUAAAUUGCAUUAAAAGCAACCACAAUUACAACAAAACAGAUUGCAAGCGCAGAUAAUUUCAUUCUAUGCCCCGAAAAAAGAUUUUUUUUUUAAUUUGUCGAGUCAACGUUUGAUAUUGAACGCAGUAAACGGUUAUGCACUGUGGUGAAUAUGGCGAAAUCGCCAACAUAUACAAUAACAAAAAAAUAAUUUGUUAGCUCCGAGGAAAAAUUUAAUUGAACUGGGAAGGAAAGGGUUUGUCUAUAUUGUAAAAGUCGGCAAUGUGAACACAUGAAAAAACACACUCACAC